AUGCAUGCACAUCUAUGGACGUCGGAUACCCGCAUCGAUAUCACACUCUACUGUUUGUCUCUUCUGUUCCUUAUUCCGUGUUUCAGCCUUCUUAGUCCCCAGUCUCGCUGUAUCCCGUCGCUCGCACUAAUUACAGUCGUUGGUCGCGUGGCCACCCUUGUCCCAACUAUGAGCAGAUUAACUAUCACGGCAGAACAGGCCAGGACCGACGCAAAUUUAUUUUCGCCGGGUGCCUUCGUGUUAACACGCCGUGCUAUCUAA